AUGGUUCCUACGGAUGUGGUGGAUAAUGCUAUAAUUUUCCUAAUGGUUGCUCUAAUUUCUGAUUCGAUGCUCAAGUUAGUCAAUCCUACUCAUCAAUUGGUAAUUCAAUAUCAAGCUUCAAUGGAUUCCAGUCAAACUAGUAUUCUUCACCCAAAGGUUACAUCUAAAGGUGCCGAAGGUUCAUCAAAAGCAUCUAAGGGUCAUAAUAUGUUGAAACAAGAAAGUGACCCUCUUCAGCUAAGAUGGACCAGAAGACCCCAAUGCUUUGUAAAUGCGAGGAGAGUCACCCGAAUUCUAUUUUUUCAUCUUAUGGAACCGAAGACGAGUUGA